AUGUCUCCAACAACACCUGAGGAAUUAUCUGUCAUUAUAAAAAGGUUACCCAAUAAGUAUUCAGCUGGUACUGAUGAAAUACCAGAUAUUAUCAUCAAAGCAAGUGUAACUUCUAUCGUAGACCCAUUAACGGAUAUUUUCAAUUCAUCAUUCAUGAGUGUAUUUCUUCUAAGGCUGACAGCCUUUCUAAAUAAAGAAAACAUAAUAAGUGAUGCACAACACGGAUUCAGCACUGGCAGAUCAAUACAGUCAGCUAUUUAUACCUUUUUAAAUGAAAUUAUAUCUGCAGUAGAUAAUAAGCAACAUAUGUCUGGCAUAUUUCUUGACCUUACAAAAGCCUUCAAUGUAAUUGAUGAUAAUACUCUGUUGCAGAAGCUAGGUAAUUAUGGAAUACAAGGCCUGCCAAACAAGUGGAUACAUUCCUACCUUAAUGACCAUCAACAGAUCACUCAAAUAAAAUACAAAGACAUAAAAACACAAAAAAUUUGUAAUUUUUACAGUAAUGCACAAAACAUUACAUAUGGAGUUCCUCAAGGGUCAGUCCUUUGGCCAAUUCUUUUCAUUUUCUAUGUUAAUGAUUUGUCAGAAAAAAUAACUAAAGGGACAACAGUACUUUUUGCAGAUGACGCAAAUAUCCAAAUCAAAUCACAUGAUGAAGAAAGCCUACAAAAAACAGCCACAGGUAUAAUACAAAAUUUGACACAAUGGACAGUACUUUUUGCAGAUGACGCAAAUAUCCAAAUCAAAUCACAUGAUGAAGAAAGCCUACAAAAAACAGCUACAGGUAUAAUACAAAAUUUGACACAAUGGUUCAGAACAGAAACAAUGAAAAAACAGUGA